AUGCAGUUAUGUAUAGUUGAUAUAGUUCGCCCUAACUUAAGCGCUGCAGGAAAGCAGAAAAAUAUUUCGACAGAAUGUAAGAAAUUUAAAACUUCUUCUUCGGAAAAAAUUGCAUACGAGGAACCGUCUGCAACUGAGAUUCAAUCUCGGGCAUUUGCUGAUUCCCCAUUAUCAUCUAGUGAAAUACAGUUAAAAUCAUUCUCCAAAAACUCCUUUGGUACAUCCAUCGCUGAAGUAACGCAGCCCACUAACAAUUAUGCAGAUUCCACUGGAGCUUAUAUAUCUGCUGAAAUUGCUGAGUCUCAGUUUUGCUUUGGUAAUAAGAUUAUAGAAAUUUGGAAUAGAAUAAAAAAGGUAAGCAGGAUUGUAGACCCACAAACAUCCAGUGCAAAUGAAUCAGCAAAAAUUAAUUCUCCAGAUCGAAAUCGUUCAGAUUCAUCAAGCUUUUCUAGAUCAUAUACAAAUAUGAAAGAUUUUUCGCAACUAUGUUCAAACUCCAGAAAAAAUUCAGUAGAUGUACCAUUAUCAAAUUCGUAUAGCUUUCAAAAAUCACUUGAUUUAUUGUCCUAUUUGUGGUUAGCACUUGUUGGUCUGAAAACGGAACAGAGGAAGAAGGUAUCUGAUAAUCAACGAUCAGUCGAAGAACUUUGUGAAAACAGCUCAAAAAAAAGUGGGCAUACCUCAUCAGGAAUCAUUGCUGUUCCACAAUAUGUUCUUAUGUUCUUUAUUAUUUCAAAACCACAGGUUAAACUGGGUGUUGAUGGAUCGCUUAUUUUGGAUGAAACGAGUUUAACGGUAGUACGUGGUGAACCAGAAAAUGCGCUAACUAUAGUUGAUGAGGACAGCGUAAGCAAGAAAAUAUCGUCCAUGAGCUUCCGCAAAAAGGCAUGGAGGAGGGGAACACCUUGGAAUGACUUAGAAACUGACCUUUUCUACGAUUUAAUUCGGUACAUAAUACUUUUAAUUUCUUAUUUUGAACCAAUUAUUUUGAGAGCGACAGGAACUGAUUUUACUCUUAUGCAUGAAUUUUUUCCAUCACGUGCUCGAAGUGAAUUGAAAAGUAAAUUUAAUCGUGAAGAACGCACUAACUGGAGACGUCUCAGUCACGCUCUUUCUGUGCCGACCAUGUUAGACGAUUCACUUUACGCAAAAGCCAGGAGAGUGCUUGAUUUAAUUAAAAAGCAGGAUGAAAAGAAAAGAGAAAAAAAGUUGGUGAAAAAACGCACAAAUGAUUCGAACCCAACUGAGGUAGAAUGGAAUGAAGAUGAUGCUGAUUUAGUGGCCGAAGCAGAAAAAACGAUUAAUGAAAUUGAAAAUCCUGGUGAACGCAUAAAAACUCAUAUGGAAUUAAAUUUGGAAAAAACAUCAGGAACUAAUUUAUUAAAAAAAAAAAUAUUGGAUGAAACUGCAGAUGAAGCGGAAAAAAUUAUAAAAAGCAAAAAACGGGCAAGAAAUCGCGCCGAAUUGGAAAAAAUGGCCAACGAUUCUUUGUGUAUGUGUUCUGCAAUAUUUAUUAAUUAA